GGAUGGGCGGGGGACUCCAGAUCCCAGCAUGCCCCGCGGCGGGCCCUACCGGCCGCGACUCCGGGCUUGGCCCCGGCCCUAGCUCGUCGGCGGUGUACUGGGGCGCGUGGAGGCUGUAGUCACGGUGGCGCCCGCGGGGACGGAGGAGGGAAUGAGUGAAGAGGAGCAGGGCUCCGGCACUACCACAGGCUGCGGGCUGCCCAGCAUAGAGCAAAUGCUGGCCGCCAACCCGGGCAAGACCCCGAUCAGCCUUCUUCAGGAGUAUGGGACCAGAAUAGGAAAGACGCCCGUGUACGACCUUCUCAAAGCCGAGGGCCAAGCCCAUCAGCCUAAUUUCACCUUCCGGGUCACCGUUGGCGACACCAGCUGCACUGGUCAGGGCCCCAGCAAGAAGGCAGCCAAGCACAAGGCAGCUGAGGUGGCCCUCAAACACCUCAAAGGGGGGAGCAUGCUGGAACCAGCCCUGGAGGACAGCAGUUCUUUUUCUCUCCUAGACUCUUCACUGCCUGAGGAUACUCCUGUCAUUGCUGCAGAAGUUGCUGUCCCUGUUCCAUCUGCUAUACUAACCAGGAGCCCUCCCAUGGAGAUGCAGCCCCCUGUCUCCCCUCAGCAGUCUGAGUGCAACCCUGUUGGUGCUCUGCAGGAACUUGUGGUGCAAAAGGGCUGGCGUUUGCCAGAGUACAUGGUGACCCAGGAGUCUGGACCUGCUCACCGCAAAGAGUUCACCAUGACCUGCCGAGUGGAGCGCUUCAUUGAGAUUGGCAGUGGCACUUCCAAAAAGCUGGCAAAGCGUAAUGCAGCAGCUAAAAUGCUGCUUCGAGUGCACACAGUACCCCUGGACGCCAGGGAUGGCAACGAGGCGGAACCUGAUGACGAUCAUUUUUCCAUUGGUGUGAGCUCCCGCCUGGAUGGACUUCGGAACCGGGGGCCAGGCUGCACCUGGGAUUCCCUGCGCAAUUCUGUGGGAGAAAAGAUCCUGUCCCUUCGGAGUUGCUCUGUGGGCUCUCUAGGGACUCUGGGCUCUGCCUGCUGCAAUGUCCUUAGUGAACUCUCUGAGGAGCAGGCUUUCCAUGUCAGCUACCUGGACAUUGAAGAAUUGAGCUUGAGUGGGCUCUGCCAGUGCCUAGUGGAACUGUCCACCCAGCCAGCCACUGUGUGCCAUGGUUCUGCAACUACCAGGGAGGCAGCCCGAGGUGAGGCUGCUCGCCGCGCCCUCCAGUACCUCAGGAUCAUGGCCGGUAGCAAGUAACAUCCUGGCUGCAGUGAUGGAUGUACGCCUUUCACUUUUUGCAUCAACCAUGCUCUGGAGCCCUCCAGAGGUGCCGUCUCUACCUCUGGCACAGACUGCCUGCCUUGAGACUGAGGAAGGCACAGGCAAGCAAGGAGCCAUGAACCACGGGGCCCCAGCCAGCACAGGAUCUGCUCUCCUUCUAUGGGUGACGAAUGAAAAGGAAAUUGGAAUUCUGUUGGAGUCCAGAAUAAAUGCUGCUCUUUGGCUUCCUAAACCCUGCUUUCUCUGCCCUUGGUCAUGUGGUUGUCAGAGGAAUAAACAUGGUGUGUUUGUUUA